ACCUAAUUCUCCUAUUUCUUAUGGUCUUACUUGUAUUUCUGGAAAAUUAAUGAGAUUUAUCAGCCAUUUUCUUAACACAUACUUGCCAGUCUGUGUGUGUAUAUAUGGUCUUGGUGAUUGCUGGCAUAGUCCCAAGUUUGAGUGUGAGUCUAAAUGUAGGUGACUUGCACAGUGAGUGACAAUCUUCUCUUUGACAAUUGGAACAGACUUUGCCAGACUGUAGUGGGAGAGGCUGACAUUUGUUCAGUAUUAACUGGAGAGCUUGUUCAAAGAGCUGCCACAAGCUUGAUGGGGAGAUUGGCUUCCAUUCAUCUUGAGUCAUCCAUUGAUCAGUCCAUGGUACCCUCCACCCUGUUGCCCUUUGGUCAGUGAUGGUCGUCUCUUUGCCUCGCAGGCCUCCCAGGCUGUCCUGGAGAAAUCAGCCACUGCUUCCACAGCAACCACAUCUACAGUGGACAAGAGGAUGGUAGCCAUGGAAUCCAAGUCAUUCGCUGUGAACAUGUUCCGAGGUUUGAUCCAAACGGAGCAAGUUUUCCCCUUCCCCUCAGUUCUCAAUGAUGAACAGGCUCAGUUUCUCCAAGAACUGACGGGGCCAGUAAGCAAGUUUUUUGAGGAGGUCAACAACCCAGCAGUUAAUGACUCCCUGGAGAUGGUGGAGGAAAGUACAAUGCAAGGCCUGAAGGAGAUGGGGGCUUUCGGUCUCCAGGUGCCCUCUGAGCUCGGGGGACUUGGACUUACCAACACACAGUAUGCUCGGCUGGUUGAGAUCGUUGGCAUGCAUGACCUGGGUGUGGGUAUCACACUUGGUGCUCACCAAUCCAUCGGCUUCAAGGGAAUCCUCUUGUUUGGAAAUGACGCCCAGAAGAAGAAAUACCUUCCGAAGCUGGCUACAGGUGAAACUAUUGCUGCCUUCUGUCUUACGGAACCAGCGAGUGGGUCCGACGCAGCGUCCAUCAAGACCACUGCUAUCAAAAGUGAUUGUGGAAAGUACUACACCCUGAAUGGGGGCAAAAUCUGGAUCAGUAAUGGUGGGCUGGCCGAUAUCUUCACCGUCUUUGCAAAGGUACCCAUGCAAAAUGAGAGGAGCGGCGAAGUGAAGGACAGAAUCACCACAUUCAUUGUGGAGAGGGGUUUUGGCGGUGUGACCAGUGGCCCUCCAGAGAAGAAGAUGGGGAUUAAAGCAUCAAACACAGCAGAGGUCCACUUUGACAAUGUGAAGGUGCCCGUUGAGAAUGUCCUGGGCGAGGUUGGUGGUGGGUUCAAGGUGGCAAUGAACAUCUUGAAUAAUGGGCGAUUCGGCAUGGCAGCUGCCCUCUCUGGAACGAUGAAAGGAGUCAUUAGCCGGGCUGUUGACCACGCUGCAAACCGCACCCAGUUUGGGAACAAGAUCUACAACUUUGGUGCCAUCCAGGAGAAGGUUGCCCACAUGGCAAUGCUGCAGUACGUGACAGAGUCUAUGGCCUAUAUGAUCAGUGCUAACAUGGAUUCCGGAGCUACAGAAUUCCAGAUAGAAGCGGCCAUCAGCAAGAUCUUUGCCUCUGAGGCUGCCUGGACAGUUGCAGAUGAGUGCAUCCAGCUGAUGGGUGGAAUGGGCUUCAUGAAGGAUGCUGGGGUGGAGCGAGUGAUGAGAGAUCUCCGAAUCUUCCGUAUUUUUGAGGGGACAAAUGAUAUUCUUCGCCUCUUUGUUGCGCUGAAUGGUAUUCAGAAUGCUGGGAACCACCUGAAGGGGCUGCAGAAGGCACUGAAGAAUCCUGUGGGGAACGCCACCCUGCUGAUGAGCGAAAUCAGCAAGCGGGCACGGAGGAAAGUCGGACUGAGCACUGGUAUCACCCUGAAUAACGUUGUACAUCCAGAGUUACAGGACAGUGGUGAUCUGCUGGUGAAAGCAAUUGAAAGGUUUGGUGGAUGCACAGAAGAUUUGUUGUUGAAGUAUGGGAAGAAAAUUGUAGAUGAGCAGUUUUUGCUGAAGAGGGUGGCAGAUAGUGCUAUCGACCUAUAUGCCAUGAUUGUUGUACUGUCAAGGGCUUCCCGAUCCCUGAGUCAGGCACAUGGGGCUGCCCAACAUGAGAAGCUGCUCUGUGAUACUUGGUGCAUUGAGGCUUCAGCUCGGAUCUCAGAAAAUCUGACUGCCCUCAGCUCCAGCUCUGCCAAGCAGGUCUUCAGGAACAUGAAGGCCAUCUCUGCAUCAGUGAUGGGCAACGGGGGCACUGUCACCCCUCACCCACUGGGCUUUUAAGAAAUGAACCUCAUCAGUUCAUUGCAGCAGCCAAGUGCCCUCGACCUGGUCUUGGUUCAUCAGGGUUUAAUCACAGAGCUCGUCUCCUGCUGCAGACGGCACCUCUCACUGAGAUUCUUCAACUGUGAUUUCUACAAAGGGUUCAUUGUUGUUAAUCUACCUGAAUCAAGUUUCCAUGGUGUCAGCACCAUCACAGGGGUUGCAAUCAUACAUCUGUUUGCCAUAACGUUACUUAUUAUAGCGUGGGACAGUGUGGAGGGAGCUUCACCUCUAUGUCUGACCCCAGGAAUGUGUGAUAAGAUGAUGUGGAGGGAGCUUCAUUCUGUGUCUGACCUCGGGAGUGUGUGAUGGGACAGUGUAGAGGGAGCUUCACUCUGUGUCUGACCCUGGGAGAGUGUGAUGGGACGAUGUGGAGGGAGCUUCACUCUGUGUCUGACCUCAGGAGUGUGUGAUGGGAUGAUGUGGAGGGAGUUUCACUCUGUGUCUGACCCCGGGAGAGUGUGAUGGGACGAUGUGGAGGGAGCUUCACUCUGUGUCUGACCUCGGGAGUGUGUGAUGGGACAAUGUGGAGGGAGCUUCAUUCUGUGUCUGACCUGUGUUUUCCCAGCCCUUGUGGGUUUGACACUGCUGUUUCCCAGUCUUUGAUACUAGUAAAAUUAUAUCCUGGAAUUUCCCAGGGAGCUUCAGGAGCACACAAUCAGGAUAGGUCUCCCCUGCUGCUGCUUUUUAUAACCCAAAGGAAGAUGUGGAUGCCAGUUCAAUGCAGUCUCUCAGCUGGGUUCAUGAUGCAGCUUCUGAGUGCAGCGUCUUCCAUUUUGCUGGUUUUUUUAAACCCUUAACUUUGAGAGGGAGAAAUGAUUUGGGAGGAGAGAUGCUGGUAAUGCCUCCUGUUUUGUGUAUCUCUGUGUGUAGCAGAGUGGUGUGAAUGUUGUCAGCAUUGUCCCUCUGAAAUCCCCAUCCACAGAUUUCAGCAACCACCCAUGGGGCUUCUCUCUCUCCAACCAGGGACUGGACAGAGCCUCCCACUUCACAGACCUGCGACCCCGCUGGAGAGCAGAGGGAGUCAAAGGUCGGCUGCCUUGGUCACUCAAGGGUUCAUGUUCAGUGCCCUCCAUUUGUCCUGGAGGUCUCUCAGACCAGUAUCACAAGUGGAUCCAAGCCCAACCGUUCACUCAAAGAACUAACACGUGGUGCUUCAGUAACUUUAAGCCAUACUCUUAUGUAGCAGAGGGAAUGUGUUUAAUCUUUGAAUUCAGCUGUGGCCUGCCUUUGGGUUGGAGUCAGAAGAAGGGGUUUGUCAGUAACCCAGACCCAGCUGACCGUCAGACAGGAGAGAAGGUGUUGGUGUGGAGAGAUGUCCUUCAUGCACCAGUACAUGGUAACACACAGAGUGGUGUGAGUAUGGAGAGAUGUCCAUUCUGCACUGGCACACAGUGUAUACACUAGGAAGAAGGUAUGAAUAUAGAGAGACAUCACUCCUGCACAGUGACACACUGGGGAGAAGGUGCUGGCAUGGAGGGACAUCUUCUGAGCCAAUGCAUGGUGUAUACACGAGAAAGAGGAGAUGUACGUCCUGCACCAGGAUACAGUGACACACAGGGGGAAGGUCUUGGUGUGGAGAGAUGUCCCUCCUGCACCAGUACCCAAUGUAUAAACAGGGAGAGGAGUGUCUACAAACUUCUCUGGGAUCCAUCAGAAACAUUUUAUUGUGGAUAUUGUAAGUUUUCAGGAGAUGAUCUCUGUCUCACACCCAGGUCACACACCUCCCUCCACCUGUCUUUUUCCUCCCACUGACCCAGAUUGUCUCUAUUCUAUCCCUCAAACCUGCUCACUCAUUCAUUGAGAUCAUGGCCAAUCAUUGCUAAUUCUAUUGCUGCCACCCCUCAGUAUCCCAGAUCAUCGAUUUAAGUGUAUUCAUUCCUUCCAGCUUUAUACUUUGUAUAAGACCAUAACACAUAGGAACAGAAUUAAGCCAUUUGCCCUUCAUGUCUGCUGCGCCUUUCUAUUUUGGCUGAUUUAUUAUCGCCCUCAACCCCAUUCUCCUGUGCCCUCUGGUCCUAGGUCCAUCCACAAUAGGAAACGUCAUCUCCACCUCUGUGUUAUCUAAGCCUUUCAAUAUCCAGAAGGUUUCAAUGAGAUCCCCUCCCUUAAACUGGAGAUUUCUGAAUCCCUCUGCUGAUGGGCUGAGAUCAGAAUACUGUAGUUUCCAUCCAUCCAUCCAGAAGAUAUGAUAUCUCUCCCUCUAUCCCCGUCCCAUCUGUGCUUCCAAAAUCAUGAAGAUCUCCAUGACCCUGAUGUUUCAUGGAAUAGAAACCUAGCUUCUGGAAUCUUGCUGAGGCUGACAGCACUGGCUCAUGGACAGUGGGCCGAAUGGUCACCUGUAUUGGAUUAUCUUGUGGUUGUGGGCUGUGCUGAUGUGGUGUGAUGGGGAGCACUGCCUUGUACUAGAUUAUAAGCAAGGAUGAAGCUCCCAUUUCAUGAGGGUCUGAACAGUCCCACUCCAAUACAGAGUUGGAUAGCCUCCCCAAACAGGAGGAGAGUGCGAUUCCCGUGUGUGCAGCCCCUGCCUUAUAUAUAGUUCUGAAGCCUUACAAAUGUUUUAUAAAAUACAAGGACUGAAAUAAAAUAGCUUACUUUCCAAAUUUCAUGUACUAGUCAUGUUCUGAAUUCACAAUCCUACAGCAGGUUAUAAAAGUUUUUUAAAAUCCUGUGGGUGUUAGAAACAUAAAAUAAAAAACAGGAAGACAGGAGGCUCCCCGGGGAGAAAAACAGAGUCCGUGUCAUAGUCCAGAAUCAGGUUUAUUAUUACGGACACGUGUCGUGCAAUGUACUGUUUUGCAGCAGCAGCACAAAGUAAUAGAUAAAAACUACUUAAACUACAGUAAAAAUGCGUAUAAAUAAAAAAUAAAGUAUACAAAAAGAGAGUAAAAUAGGAGGGGAAGAAAUGUUGAGUGUGUGUCUUCCUGUUCCUCCUCCCUGCAGCUGGUGAUGAGAAGAGAUUUCAUUGUUUAUGGUGAUGAGAGACCUUAAUGAUGGAUGCCGCCAUCUUGAGGCACCACCUUUUGAAGAUGGUGGGGAGGCUAAUGCCUGCAAUGGAGCUGGCCAAGUUUAUAACUCUUGUUUUUUUUUUCUCCGAUCCUGUGUAUUAGUGCCUCCAUAGAAGAUGGUGAUGAAAGCAGUCAUAAUGCUCUCUGCGGUACAUCUAUUAAAAUCUGCACUGAAGUGUUGUGAGAGUCUCUGCGUCCACCACCACCUCAGGCAUUCUCUGGGAGAAAAGAUUAUCCCCAGAGACCAUAAGCGUAGGAGCAGAAUUAGGCCAUCUAGCCCAUGAAGUUUGCUCUGCCCCAUCGCCCUGCCUUCUCCCCAAAACCUUUGACACCAUUACUAAUCAAGAAUCUAUGAACAUCUGUUUUAAAUAUACCCAAUGACUUGGCCUCCACAGUCAGUUGUAGCAAUAGAUUCCACAGAUUCACCACCUGACUUAAGAAAUUCCAUCUUAAUUCUGAUCUAAAGGGACAUCCUAUUCUGAGGCUCUGCUGUGUGGUCCCAGACUCACCCAGUAUCCUCUCGGCAUUAAUUAUUGACUCUAUUGUCCCCCUCUCACUCUCCUGCACUCCAAUGAAACCAACAUAGACUCUCCCGUCAGUCCACAGAACUAAAGGUUUAACAUCCCAGACAGAGAGGGGGCUGUUCUUGACCUAGUCUUCAGAAGUGAGGCUGAGCAAGCAGUGGAGGAGGUGGUUGGAGAACAGAUUGGUAGCCAGCAGCAACCCUCUAAUUUGUUGACACCAGAAGCCAGAAGAGAUUGGAAAAUUAUCACCAGACCUGUUAGAUUCUUAUCCAAAUCAUUGAUGUAGAUGACAAAUAACAAUAGGCCCAUCACCAUUUGUAGAAACAACCUUUUACCAUCACAUCCUGCUUUUUACCAUUGGAUCAACCAUGGGAUCCCUUCUAACUCAAUCUCUUAACAUUAAACUUUGGAGUGGAGGAAUAGGUUCCAAUUGCCCUCCCUGCUGAAGGGCUCUGACUCUUCCAGAAGUAUUACCAGUCGCUGACCAUAAGCUAGGUCAGUGAAUGGUCACGAUGCUUCCCUCCCCAGGCAUCUGAAAAUGUUGUGAUAUGGGCAGGUUCAGUGUCUCAACACAUGCACCCAGUGCAGUGGGAUAGAUCGGUAAUAUAGGGUGGUUGGUAGAGAGAUUCCAAUCAUGUGCCCAGUCAGUCAACACCUGAUUGGGAUGGCACCUAUCCAGUGUCACAGAGGGACUCACAGAAAUAGUGUUUAAAUGAGAUUAAGAGAAGAUCCUAUGGCUUAGGGCCCAAGCAGUAGAGGGCAGUAGAUUUGGUGGAGGUUACAGAGACAGAGAGUAGUGCAGGGUCCUGAGGGGGAUACAGUGACGAGGAGGGGUGCAGGGGCCAAAGGCGUCACAGAGCGGGAUGAU